CACUGGUGAAAAAAAUUUUGAAGAAAGAUGCUGUGCCAUCCAUAUUUUCAUGGAAAAAAAAUUGGACACUUCGCUUCAAGAUGUUCGUUCCAGACGACAGAAGCAAAGAGAGCUGAAACUGAAUCAGAACAGGCUGAUGGUUAGGAGCCCCAUUUCCGAUUUAUGUCUAGUUGCUGAUAUUGAAGAAAGUGACAAACUUGUGGAACCAGUUCUCCCUCUAUCUAAUGAAAACAGUAAUCAUUACAUAAUUGACAUCCCUAUCGGUUGUGAAAUUGAAGUGAGAAGUACCUCAAACUUAUGUUCAGUGGGAAAAACUUAAUUUUCGUCACUGUGUUUUCGUUUAUUUAUUUGUUUGAAAGUUGCCACUUACAUUGCGUCUCUUCUACUAUAUUAUCGCGUUACACUAUCACGUUAACGACAGUUGCGCGGUCCGAGUAUUCUCGCUGAGCGAGAGGGCUACGACGUCAUGCGACGAUCGCCCUUUGUUAUCGGCUCGGGAGCGUAUUUCGCCCCGAGUUCGUAUUAGAGGUACGACCUUUCGCUUGGUUAUCUCGAAUAGGCGAGCUCGCGGAAGCACGGCAGGGAGAGCGAAACUUGGUUGCUACCGCGACGUGGUCGGUUUAAAAAAGGUAACGGAGAGCCUUCCAGACCCUUAUUUAUUAAUUCAGGAAUCGCCAGGCUAUCACCCCACUUGGUUCCGAUUUCCGAGAUCCUCGCCCGAUUGGGCGAUUCGGAUGCUCGGCUUCCAAGUGCAGCGAAUGAAAACGAUCGGCCGACGAACGAUUGCCGACGGUCCAAGGACUAGUGACGCCGAUAUUGUCACAGGACAAUUAUUUACAACCGCCCUGCAAUUGUAAUACCGGCGCCGCAUCGUCUAGACGAUGUUUAUGGCUGGGUGAUAACCGCGUGCGACCCGGAAAGAUUCGAACCCGUCCAAGCUUUGCUUCUUUGUUUAUUUGUGUCCCUUUUUUGCUGCUUUGUUAUGCCGCGUCAUCCGACCGUCGCCUAUUCGAUGUGAUGCACGCAUUGCAUCCGCAUGUGUGUGCACGAUGUGCAUUUCUCGUCGUUACACUUAUGUAACGCAAGUGUCAAUCAAAGCAUCGAAGAAAGAGCAUCCUGUCCUAAAGCAAAAGCUAAACUUUCUGAAAAUAAAACUUUUACUAAAGCUGCCACUCAAACCUUCUUGAAUAAUAUUUUUACUAUAGAUACAUUUGAUAACAAGCCAGACGGUAUACUGUACUAUACUGGUCUUGAAUCUUUAGAGAAAUUCAAAUUAGUUUUAUAUAGUUUAGGGCCAGCAGCUUAUGAGCUAAAAUAUCGCUAUAAUACGGUAUCAAAUAUUAGUGUUGAGGAUCAAUUAUUUAUAACUCUCAUUAAGUUGAGGAGAGCCAUACCUGAUUUAGGUUUAGCUUUCAUGUUUAAUGUCAGCAAAAAGACGAUUCAGAAUAUUGUUAUUACAUGGAUAUACUUUAUGUAUUGUCAGUGGUCUGAAAUAGACAUAUGGCCUAGCAAGGAUCUCAUAAUGUAUUAUAUGCCUUCAGGAUUUAAACAGAUAUCUCCCUCAACUAGGGUUAUAGUAGAUGGAACAGAAUUUCCUAUCGUUGCUCCUACAAAUCCUACAUUUAAGCAAGCAACCUUUAGCACAUACAAGAACAAAACCACAUUGAAAGUAUUAGUUGGUGCAACACCUAGUGGACUUAUUUCCUAUAUUUCGCCAGCUUAUGCGGGAUCAGUGAGUGAUAGAGCGAUAGUUAAAAGAAGUGAUCUUAUUAAGAAGUGUGAUCCUGGUGACUCUGUAAUGGCUGAUCGUGGAUUUACCGUCCAAGAUUUGUUAGCGCCAAGACAAGUAUCAAUAAAUAUUCCAGCUUUUCUAAAGGGCAGGACUCAGUUAACAGGUAUGACUCUUCUUAAAGAUCGCAAACUUGCCAGCAAAAGAGUCCACAUAGAGAGACUCAUAGGCUUAACAAAGACAUACAAAAUUUUGAAAACUGAACUUCCUGUUUGCUAUGUAACUUUAGGAAGUGAAAUUUUCUAUGUGUGCUGUAUUCUUUGUAAUUUUCGAGAAAACAUUGUAAGUGCAGAUGCAUAAGGUUUAAAGAAGGAUAUCCAUUUGAAAAAGAAUUUUGGGUAUGUUGCACAGGAAUUUUCUGUAUAAACUAAAUAAAAUACAAAAUAAAUGCAAUGCAAACUGUUUUUUUUACUUGUAGCAUAGUUACACAUGAACAUACAAUCCAAUACUGAAAAGGCCUGUAUUAAAAUCACUUGUUGCUAUACAUUUUACAAUAAAACAAUAUAGCUACAUCACAGUACAUUCUAUGAAACUGUAUAAAAUACAAAACAUUUGAGACAUAACAAAAGACAACGUAGAAUAAAAUAUAAAAUAAUACUUUCACAGAUUUAAUAAUAAAUAAUUAUAUAUAGCAUCUCUCUCUGUAGAUACAGUAUUAAAAACAAAACUAAAAUUGCAAUUUUCUUCUUUACAUAUCUGUCGUAUCAUAUUCAUUUUUGAUUGACUUUAUGUAAAAAAGUUAUAAUUUUAAAAGUAACUAGCAUAAUCUGUAAAACAUGGCUUGAUGCCGGUAGAUUAUAACUUAAAAAUAAAAUAUUGUUUUUAAACAUUUUUGUCUCCGCAAAAUAUAUAAGAUAUUUAGUUGCUU